AUGAGUCAAGCAGAGGGAAUCAUUCGCUCGCAAACAGAUCUGCAUGGUCGCAUUGCGCGCGCCGUAGAGAACUUUAAAAAACUUGGUGCCGCGAAAAUGACGCUCAGCAUGGCGGAGGCUCGUCUCCAAGCUCUGGAGUCGAACUGGGCCAGGUUCGAGUCUAAUCACGAGAGGUUACUCGCAUUACCUCCAGAAGGGGUGAACGAGACUGACUACAUAAAGCAAAGUAUGUCCACGCUGACCGAAGAAGCUUUCUUCCAGCAGAAGUGUGUGUUCGUGGAGUUGAUUCGAGCCCACAAGGCCAAGGAACCUCCAGCGUCAACAGCCUCGGUGAAGUCGGAGUCGACGUCUGCGCCUCGGACCACCCUGCCACGGAUCCAGUUGCCAAGUUUCUCCGGAAAGUAUGAGGAUUGGCCGGCGUUUCGGGACCUCUUCUCAUCCAUUAUCGGGAAAGACGUCUCCGCCACGCAGGUAGAAAAGCUUCAUUACCUGAAAACCUGUCUUAAAGGUGAGGCGGAGUUACUGCUCAGAAAUAUAGCUACUACAGGCGAGAAUUACACGCGCGCGUGGGAUGCUCUGGUCGCGUAUUAUGAAAACAAAAGAUUGCUCGUCCGCGCGUAUCUGUCGAACUUCGUCUCAUUGCGCAAAAUGGGCAACGAAUCCGCCGUUGAACUCCGGAAAAUCUAUCACGGACUAAGGGCAACGGUCAAUUCUUUGGAGAGCAUCGGUCGCCCGAUCAACAGCAGCGAGGAUCUCCUGGUAUACCUAGCCGUCGAGCUGUUAGAUCUCCGGUCGCGCCGCGAGUGGGAGAACGCGAUUAGCGAAACAACGGAACCGCCUUCGUAUCAAGAGCUCGAAAAGUUCCUGGAUCGUCGACUGCACACGUUGGAGUCAAUGCUGCCCGUCAAGAGCGACGGACACUCCAACAAGGCCGGAAACGGAACGAGCAAGAGUACUCGGAGUCAUCUGGCCCGCAAGCAGGAGGACAAAGCAGACGCUAAGCGCAGUCGGUGCUCUCUCUGCCAAGGAGAUCACUUUAUCAUGCUGUGCGCGGAGUACAAGAAGAAGACAGCUGCAGAACGUAAGCAGCACGUCCUCGCCAACAACUUGUGCCUAAAUUGUCUUGGUCGGCAUACGGUGAGUGACUGCGCGUCCAAAAAGGCGUGCUCAGCUUGCGACGAGCGCCAUCACUCGUCACUCCACGACGCGUGUCGAGAGGUCGAGAUCGCUAAAUCAUCGCAUAUCGCGCAGAAACCGCCUGAGAGGCCGAUUGCCGUGUUGCUCGCUACAGCUCGCAUUCGCGUAGCCGACCGUUACGGUGUCUGGCACUCCGCGCGCGCGCUAAUCGACCAAGGAUCGGAGUCAUCCAUGAUCUCGGAACGUCUCGCUCAAUUACUAAAGUUGCCUCGCUCACCUGCCGCCGUCACUGUGUUCGGAGUCGGAGGAGUCAAGGUCGGUGUCGCCAAGGGUCGUGUCGGUUUGUCCCUGGCACCUCGAUCGGGGGGACCCGCGAUGUCCGUGACAGCGCUUGUUUUCUCGAGACUCUCUAUUUACGCAGGCGGAGUUAAGACUGGAACGGCGGCAUGGCAGCAUAUUCAGGAUCUGGAGCUUGCAGACCCGGACUUCGGCAUGGCGGAUCCGGUGGAUGUCCUCCUUGGAGCCGACGUCUAUGCCAUGAUCCUCCGUCCAGGGCUGCGUACGGGCGGUGUCCGGGAACCUGUGGCACAGCACACAACGUUAGGCUGGAUUCUGUCGGGAGCCGUCGGUGAUACAGCCACGCCGAGCCAUGCUUGUACUUACCAGUGUCGGGUUGAGGAUGAGCUGAACCAACUGGUGCGCCAAUUCUGGGAGCAGGAGGAGCCACCUUGCGCAACCACGUUGUCAAGAGAGGAUCAGGAGUGCGAGGAACAUUUUGUGCGCACUUAUUCACGGUUCGCUAACGGUCGGUACAUGGUGCGUCUUCCUCUCCGUCAACCGCUGCCGGAUCUUACGGGGACUCGUGGAGCUGCCGAGAGGGUCUUGAGAAGCAUGGAGGCGAAGUUUGGUCGAGAAGCUGAAUUCCGGGACCUCUACGUGGACUUCAUGCGGCAGUACGAGGCUCUGGGACACAUGACGGCCGUAUCGCUCACGAACGAUCCUGUGAGUUCGCCGGUCGCCUACCUUCCACACCACGGAGUCGUGAAACUGUCGAGUUCCACCACGAAGCUACGCGUGGUGUUUAACGGGUCUUCUCCACUGCUCACCGGAGAGACAUUGAACCAGCAUCUCAUGGUCGGACCGAAUCUGUUGCCUGUUCUGGUCAACAUUGUGAUGCGGUGGCGACUACAUCAAUUUGUCCUGGUAGCAGACAUUGAGAAAAUGUAUCGCCAGAUCAUCGUGCAUCCAGAGGAUCGAGGAUUGCAAACCAUACUGUGGCGCGAGAAUUCCAGCCAGGAGGUCAGGGAGUACCGUCUGAACACGGUCACUUACGGGACGACUUGUGCUCCACGCUUGGCAAUCCGGACUGUCCGACAGCUGGCUGUCGACGAAAGGACCAGUUUUCCUUUGGCUGCUCCCGUUCUUGAGGAGGACGUCUACGUGGACGACGUCGUCACUGGCGCAAAGUCGCUCUCGGCAGCUCUUGAGAUGCGCAAUCAGCUGGUGCAGGCCUGCAGGGCGGGCGGCUUCCCGCUGAGAAAGUGGUCGGCGAACCACGCCGAUCUCAUCAAGGAUCUGCCUUGUGAGGAUCGCCUGCAGCAGGAGCGUUUGUGGUGGCAGCCGGGCGAGAGUCAUGCUACGCUCGGACUGAAGUGGCAUCCGCACGAGGACUGCUUCUCGUUUUCAGAACCACAGAUGUGGGCAGGUACGAUCACCAAAAGAUCGACCUUAUCUCUAACCGCCAAACUAUUCGACCCGUUAGGCUGGCUGGCUCCCGCCACGGUGCGGGCGAAAAUUAUGAUUCAGUCUGCAUGGCUGCUGCGGAUAGACUGGGAUGCUCCACUGCCUGAGGAGGACGCUCGACGCUGGCUCGGCUUCCAAGAGGAUCUUCCCCGGUUAUCAAAUAUCCGCGUCCCGCGGUGGCUGUCCGUCGGGGAUGUUGAGUGCAGGCUGGAGCUUCACGGAUUUUCUGACGCUUCUGAGAGAGCGUAUGCUGCAGCGGUGUACCUGCGCGUCGAGAGGCCUGACACUUCCGUUGAGGUUCGACUGCUGACGGCCAAGACGAAGGUAGCUCCAAUAAAACAGGUUACGCUACCUCGACUGGAGCUGUGUGCGGCAGCAUUACUUGUCCGACUUGUCUCACACUGUCGGCAAGUUCAUAAGAUGGAGGACAUCCCGCUCCAUCUUUGGACGGACUCAACAGUGACGCUGGGUUGGAUACGAGGUCAUCCCAGCUCAUGGAAAACAUACGUGGCCAAUCGAGUGAGCGAGAUACAGACGUCCUUGCCUGACGCUUUGUGGCACCACAUUCCAGGACGUGACAAUCCGGCUGACUGCGCAUCGAGGGGCAUAUCUCCAGGGGAUCUGGUUGACCAUGCUCUCUGGUGGUGUGGACCACCCUGGUUACAAGGCGAGAGUGGAUCAUGGCCUGUCUUCGGAGAGGGACGUCAUCAAGAGGAGCUUCCGGAGCAGCGGAUGAGGGCACAUAUUGCUGGAGUGCCCGAGGCGAAGGGCGAGGAAUUCGAGCUGCUGGUGCGAUACUCAGACUUGUAUCACCUGCUCCGGAUCACUGCCUGGUGUCGAUGCUGGCUUCGGUCAUCAUGGAGCGCAGAGAAGCGAGGCAGUGUAAAGGCCGACCGUGAGACUCCGCUGGUGCUGCAACCGGACGAGCUCGAGGAGGCGUGCAGGUGCUGGAUCAAGGCUGUGCAAUCAGCAGCAUUUCAGAAAGAGAUAGCCGCUUUGAUGAAGGGACAACCGCUGCCUGCGGGGAGCAGACUGCAAAGGUUGAGUCCCUUCCUGGACGACCACGGGGUGCUCCGAGUAGGCGGACGUCUGAGACACGCCAAUCUGUCCAGCGACGAGAAGCAUCCCAGGAUUCUGCCCAGUGAAUCUCAUUUCACAACCCUGGUGGUCGAGGCGGGUCACCGACGAACGCUUCAUGGAGGAGUGCAGAUGACUCUCGGAGCUCUACGCAGGGAGUACUGGAUCCCACGGGGUUGA